AAAGGCUGGAAAUGUACCGCGACAUGACUGACGGUACGACAGCAACUCGAGCAACUGCUGAGAAUAACAGACAGCAGACACGCACGCGUGCAGUUUCAGUGUCCCACCAAUUGCGCAUCCGAUGACAGCGAAGAUUAACAUGCACAACUCAGCAAAACGGUAAAACAAAAGAAUUUUCUGCAACGAUUAAUAGCAAGCAAAACUAGUGAUAUGCAUAAGCACACACACGGUUCGAAACGUUAUCAGUACAACCACAUCACAUUGACAAUCACGUGAUAAUCAGCACGUCGAUAGUCAUUCUUUCCAAUACAGGAUUGCUCACAAUAAUGAACUAGUAGCCAGCUUUGCUUCUUCAACCUUUGCCCGUUCACAUGACUUUCGCUCGCUCGCUCGCAGCGGACACAACGCUGCUGUACGUGUAGACACACGCGUGGAGCGAUCUAAUAUUGUGUAGAGCUGCGUCAGACGUGACAACAAAUGGGAAGGAUAUUUGUUUUUGCUAGUCUGUGGAUUGCGUUGGUCGUUAUGCCAAUUGGAAAAUGUAAGUGCUUUGCUUUUUUUCGCAGCAUCCCAGAUGUGGUUAUCUUAGGGUCCAGGACAGGAUAUCCGGCAAACAUUUUCGCCUAUACCAUGAUAUCCUAGCACUUCUGCAGAUUGGCAUGCUUCCGCGAUGUCCUGAAAGGCAGUAGGUCAGCAGAAACCUUUGAACGGGGUACAUACGGAGCGGAAACUCAAUGAUGUGCUUUCCACAAGAAUAAAAUACAACUCAUGCACAACUCACGCACAGCUAUCUUAAGAAAACUGCGUGUCAGUAUAGCCAUCUGCGCCAUAACAGCUGUCGCGCAGUAUGUGUCAUUAUCAACAGUGCUUUCUCUUCUGUCUUUUCCUCUCCUGUCUCUUCCUAAGGGGAAUAAGUACGUCCACAAUCGAAGGAAGAUCAUGCAAAUAUUCAUUAGCAGGCUGACAUGCUUCUUCUUGUAUUAUUGACUGUUUAGAUGAGUCACAGAAGUAGUGAGCCCAUCUUCUUUAUUGUUUUAGCCUACUAUUUCGUAUAUCCUUAAUUUAUUGAUUCGGUUUAUUUUUCUCAACAAUGUCAACAAGUGAGGACAGUUAUGAAAUGCUGCCCUUCUGUAUUCAUAGUUUUGCCUGCUUGCAAAUGCUGACCUGUCAGCUGUCUAUGUCUUUCAGUAUUACGACUUCUUUUGCUCUUUUCUUUUCAGGCGUAACAGAAAGGUAAGUAUCCCGGAUCAUCAAUCUUAGCCGUGCAACAAUAUACAGGAUGUCCCAGGGAACGUGUCAUCUUGCCCUUACUACAUUUGUUCUCACUAUGUUUUCGCCACCUGCUGAUGUGAAUUUUAUGUACUUAAGUUUUAUUAUGUAAAUUUGCCAAGCAAAGGCCACUUUUUUUACCCCACCAUUGUAAAAAGCCUGCCAAAUUUACUAAAAUUCAUGAUUCAUGAUGGGGAUACUGAGGAGCUAUCCCACCGGAAAAAAUAGCAGAGCAGCAUACUUUUCGCAGCACUCAGAGCAUAGAGCUCGUCGACUUUUGAGUACAAGCGUUGCCAGUCCGACGAAAGAGGUUACAACCUCAGCCCACAGAGGGGUAGGAGAAAAAAGUCAUAACUGGCAGGUAUGAUGCAAGUCGCAUCAACUCAACGACAGCGACAGAGAUGUUUAUUUGAACUCGUCUGUCGCUACACGCAUGGUUCCCAAGCAGCACAACAUCUUGGCGCAAUAUUGGUCCAAUAUUGACAAUAAAGGCACAAUAUUGGUCCUAUCUUGGACCAAUCGCGGGCCGGUAUCGCCAAUAUCAGACCAAUCCCGGGCCGGUAUCACCAAUAUCGGGCCGAUAUCGGGCCAAUAUGUUGUGCUGCUUGGGUUCUCAGUGUUGAAUGCGCUCCGCAGUCAGAUCUUGCUGAUCUGCACCAGGGUGCUGUGCUUGAUAUGCUUCAGGAAUAUUGAUCCCCCACAGGGUGUCGAAGGACCAUAAGGUGAGCGUUAUGGUCACUGUAGUGUGUGGAGGUUUGUAAACUGGUGAAAGUUUCAGCCGGGAACGCAUGUAUAUUGGCAAGGAGUCAGCCUCUAUCUAGUGCAAUGUGACGCAGUGCACGGUUGCGGAUAAUUUCGACCCCGUAGUUUUCCAAUGUUCACCACAAUCAAUUGUGCCACAAUAUCCAGUGAGACACAACAUUGUGUUUACACGCUGAGAACAGUAAAUUUACAAACUACAAUCUGAAAUGUGAUAGUGAAUAAAAUCUCAACCAAGGUACAGGAAAGGGAUAGCCGACGUUCCGGAGUCAGCUCGGCUUCUUCCUCAAGGGAGACUGCAGUGGCGGUUUGUCGCGGUUCAAAGUACGUGAUCCGUGAUAUUGUCUUUCACUCUCGUGACGGAAGCCGCUGACGUACAUACGCAAGGUGAAGCUCAAACAGAUCGGUUAAGGUUUCCAGGGGUGUACUGUACAUGUGGCAUCAGCGCGCGCGCGCAAUUGAUUUGUAAAUUCCUGUUCACUGAACUGGCAAAAAAGAAAAUAAUGACCAUGUUGCCCAUAUUGCUCCGUAUGCACAAGUUCGCCGGCAAAUGUUCGCAUCGGGAGGGUGCAACAGUAGAAGUCUACGUACUUUUUUUUAAAUGCAAUAGAAAAUUCAAUUCAUACAAAGAAACAGGACCGAAACGACAGACCAGAGACACACACUUAUAUACUUGGCACCACAUACGAUUGUUGUUCUUUUUUCACUUGACUAACUACAAAAUGUUGAAACUCCUUUCAGGUCACAUUCAGAAGGACUUUCUUACGACCAGGCGAAACAGGAUACAGAAAAGCAUGCGUCUGACUACCAGGUGAAACCGGCAAAGGAAGAACAUGUGGAAGUGGUGCCCACAGCUGCUAUUGAUGACAAGAUUUUGAGGACCUUAGAGCCAGCCACGUACGGAUUCUGGGAAGACUUCUUCCAGCAAGCGAUGCAUGCUCUGAAGAAAUGGACUAUACCUGCACUAAUAGCCGUGUUAACUGAGAUCGGCAGGCGACUCGUCCGAGCUUUUUGGAAGCGGGACACCCCUCAACAACAUAGAGAGUAAUAAAGAGCUACAUGGCAGAUGCGACUACGUAAAUAGGACAAAGAGGACAGGACGACGGCGAUGGUGAUGUAUUAGCUUUUCAAGGCUGGCUUCACAUUGUGUUCGGCCUUCGAUCAAAGGAUAAGCCGUUGUCGAGCGAAGAAAUACAGCCCCCAACAACACCGAUUAUCCUCUGAAUGUACGAAUAAUGUCCUGACGGAUUUAUACGUCCGGUGGAUAUCCGAGGGAUAUCCAUCGGGUGUACGGAUUCCUUAGGGCAUUAUUCGCACAUCCAGAGGCUAUUCAGUUUUGUUGGGGGCGUAGAUACUUUUUUUUUUGCUUUUUUUAAAUGAUCAAGAAGAAAAAGUCAAAUGUUUUUCGUUUAUCUUGUUUCAGCGACAGAAUAAAGCCAGGGUCCUUACAUGCACAACCAACGCGUCCUUGCCGACUACCCUAUUGACAACUGCACAUAAAUAUGUUAACAGCAAGAAGGGCGUCCUAUACCAGGAAUACCGUCCUAUACCUAUGCUGUAGGAAACUAACAGGCACAAUGGGAAACGUCCAGCGCUCGCAAGUGAAUAAGACAAGUGUUUAUAGAGAUUGAAACAUUCAGAUAAUUUAUUUCACUAAAAAAAAAAACGAAGAACAUGAAUAAAAAUAACGUGCAAGUUUCCGGCGACGCAGAAUCAAAAAUAACGAGGACGGUGAAGAGCAUCAACUGUUUACUCUAUACACAUCAAAAACAAGACUUUCGUGCAGUAGGCUGCAAGUGCCACUGAUUUUUUGCGAAUUAAAGUUUCUCAAAUUUUCAAUGCAUGGGAGUCUAUGGGAGAUGCAACAAAAUUGCUUCUCUCAGCCCGCCGGCCAGUGAUAUUUGGGCCAAAAUGAUGUCAUUCCCUAGAGUAGCAGUAUGGGAAUUGAUUGCAAUCAACGAACUCGACAAGCAUACUGCAGUUUUCCAAAUCUGCUGCGAAUGAAUAUAAUGGCUUCUUCGUUUGCUAGCAUGUUCUGCACGCUGGCACCGAUUAUAUUACUUCCUUAGAGCGCGCGAAAAAAGCAAAGCGAAGAAAAUAAUUUUGGGACGGUGCAACCAACCCUCUCUGGAAGCGAACGUUAACUAGAUCGCUUUUGCUUUUACUGCUGGCGAAUAUUUUAGAACCAAAUCGAGGAAGCAGAUGGCUGGUCAUCCAUGUGGCACGAAGAAAAGUCAACGUGGUGGUGGUGGUGGUAGUGAUAGGGCUUGCCGUUGUCGGCCUCACGUAUGUGGGCAACGUCACGACUCACGCCCUGGGGGAAUGUGCGUCCUGGGCCGACUUCUAAGGGAACUGUGCCGACAUAUGUCUGAAAGCGUCUGAGGAAAACCCAGGAAAAACCCCAGACAGCACAGCCGGCACCGGGAUUCGAACCCGGGUACCUCCCUCCCAGAAAAGGCAAAGUGUCAAAGUGCGUGCCCGAAAAACAGCCUGUGGCACAUAUGAGACUACCGGUGACGUCACGAAUGAUACAGGAGGUGAGAAGGAACCUUUAGAUGUUUCGGUUUCGUUUUGAGCUUCCCAGGGCUUUCCAGGCUCAUCUCGGAAGAAUGUACCUAACUUAAUUACAAAGCCAUUACAAUACUAUAAUAUAAUAAUAAUAUAAUCCGGAUUCUCCCGGAGUCUCCCGCGUUGAUGGUAAUGGUAUUACACGUAAGUUUUGUCUGCCUGUAGCCUGCGUUGAGGUGUUCGUUUGCUAGUUGUGAGCGUAACUUUGACUGCUUCAAGUUCAUCACAUGAAAGGCCUACACGCAGACGUAUGUUGACAUUGCUCUCGCGCCAGCCAACGCCAACAGAACGAGGAGGCAGACCGAUACGACUACCGAGAGAUAUAAACGAUUCCAAACUGAAAACACUCCUUACGAACCGUCAUAUGGUUCUUUGGACAAUGGUGUGAGUCUGAGAAGAUAACACUGUUAACACGUUCAGGAACUCCUCUCCAUACUUUGAUUUGUCGCUGGCAAUAUAUAGCAGCGCAGUUUCACAUGCUGGAGGCAACUGGACAGGAUUUUGUGAAGAUAGUACACGUCCUGCAGAAGCGACCCUAAGAUGACAUCGGAGACAACACUCAUUGCAUGUCUUGCGCUGCUGUUGGCGGCCGUUGCACAUUGUGAAGUUGUAUCGGCACGCCUCGAAGAAGACAGAGAUGAAGAGAAGGGGUUUGCGACAGAUGUGGUGGAAGACGUCUCUGAGGAGAAAACGAAAGAAGUCGGCGUACUGGCACAAAGAACAGGAUUUGUGCUGAGACAGCUACGUAGUGACUUGCAACAACUUGCACUGCAGGAGAGAAGUGCACCCAAGUACGGAUUUUGGGAAAGGCUUGGAAAGAAAAUAAAAGGCGCUUUCAAUGAAUUAUGGCCAUCGUUGAAAGAAAACGCCCUAAAAAUAGCUACAAAAGUCCUACUAGAGAAGCUUGCAGAGUAUUUGCGAUCCCAGUCCCUGAGUGAAGAAAACGUCAGCGACAUCGUAUCUUCACUGGCCAAGAGCAUCCGUAGCCUCGGCAUUGACAUCACCCGCGAGGGCGUACAGAUUCUUGACGAUGUUCUUCUGGAAUUCGUAUCCACUGUUGCUGAACCUUCCAAGAAAGAAUAAUGCAUGAAGAAAGAAUGAAGCAACAGUUCAUUGGUGACAUAUAUGUAAGACAGAUAAAUGUCUCGUUUUUUGAUGUAAUAUACACUUGUAAUAAACAGGAAAAACAAAA